AUGGAGCCCAUUUUCGAUAGCAUCGCAUACGAUCGAUUGGCCAAGUCUUACCUACUAAAGAUGAACCGAGCUCUCUCAGUGGCGAACGGGGACGGAUUUCGGGCCCAGGACCCAGUCACGGAGAUCCUCCUCCUGGAAGGCUAUCAGAGGCCAGUAGCACCGAAGAAAAUGUCCCUUCCAGUCCCGAAAAUAUCCAAAUCCAAGGAAGGAUUUAACUCUGAAGCCAAUAUAUUCCUUGGGUUUACAAUUCCUCUCGAACUGGCCCAUGAAAUACUUCGAUUCCUGGAUCUGAGGUCAAUAGGAAUGAUGCUCCUAGUCAACAGCAAGACCAAGGAGCAGGUGGAAACCAUGCUGGAUUACCCCGUCCUCAAAACCCAUGCGCACGAGACUCUCAAUUUGAUGCGCCAGAUGAAGCUUUCUUCGCACUACACCAUCGGACAGAUAUUUAAUGAAUUCUGUCAGCCUAAGUGCAGAACGUGCCCAAAUUUUGGGCCGUUUCUAUACAUUCCAACCAUGCAGAGAUGUUGCUACGAAUGCAACUUAUACAAGAGUUCGUACGGAUUGGGAUUUGUGAAGAAUAUCUGCUACUACUUUGGAAUUGAGGAAGAGGACCUGAACGAAGUCCAACUUGUCCACAAUAUUUGGCUUCAUGACCCCCCAGAUUGCAUGGCAAACAUCUCGCAGUGCAAGAACCUUGUAUCCAAGCUUUAUGGGCCGGAGGAGGCAGAGAUACUAGACGCAACUGUCCAUAGAAUUGAAGGAGAAGGUGUCUAUUUAUCUGAAGUUGAACCGACGCCAUACCAAUGA